CGGACGCGCGCGACAGUGUGAGGAGUGGGGUGGAGCAUGUGUGGAGCGGGGGCCGCGGCCCAGGCCAGAGCCGCCGCGGACCACGAGAUUCUGGAGAAACCCUGCGUCCCUCUGGAGCCCGCACUGCCAGGCAGCAGAACUGUGAGCUAGAGUGAAGCAGAAAUCUAGGAAUAUGAGCUCCAUGAUGGCCAUGGGGGAACCAAGGCUGAACUGGGAUGUUUCCCCCCAAAAUGGCCUUAAGACAUUUUUCUCUCAAGAAAAUUAUAAAGACCAUUCCAUGGCUCCAAGUUUAAAAGAACUAUAUGUUUUAUCUAACAGACGUAUAGGAGAAAAUUUGAAUGCCUCAGCAAGUUCUGUAGAAAAUGAGCCGGCAGUUAGUUCAGCAACUCAAGCAAAGGAAAAAGUUAAAACCACAGUUGGAAUGAUUCUUCUUCCAAAACCAAGAGUUCCUUAUCCUCGUUUCUCUCGUUUCUCACAGAGAGAGCAGAGGAGUUAUGUGGACUUGUUGGUUAAAUACGCAAAAAUUCCUGCAAAUUCCAAAGCUGUUGGAAUAAAUAAAAAUGACUACUUGCAGUACUUGGAUAUGAAAAAACAUGUGAAUGAAGAAGUUACUGAAUUCCUAAAGUUUUUGCAGAAUUCUGCAAAGAAAUGUGCACAGGAUUAUAAUCUGCUUUCUGAUGAUGCUCGUCUCUUCACAGAGCAAAUUUUAAGAGCUUGCACUGAACAAGUGAAAAAGUAUCCAGAGUUCUAUACUCUCCAUGAAGUCACUAGCUUAAUGGGAUUCUUCCCCUUCAGAAUAGAGAUGGGAUUAAAGUUAGAAAAAACUCUUCUUGCAUUGGGCAGUGUAAAAUAUGUGAAAACAGUAUUUCCCUCAAUGCCUGUGAAGUUACAGCUCUCAAAAGAUGACAUAGUUACCACUGAGACACCAGAAAAAACAGCUGCAGCUAUGCAUUAUGAUAUUAGUAAAGAUCCAAAUGCAGAGAAGCUUGUUUCAAGAUAUCACCCUCAGAUAGCUCUAACUAGUCAAUCAUUAUUUACAUUAUUAAAUAAUCAUGGACCAAACUACAAGGAACAGUGGGAAAUUCCUGUGUGUAUUCAAGUAAUACCUGUUGCAGGUUCAAAACCGGUUAAAGUAAUUUAUAUUAAUUCACCACUUCCCCAAAAGAAAAUGACAAUGAGAGAGAGAAAUCAAAUCUUCCAUGAAGUUCCAUUAAAAUUCAUGAUGUCCAAAAACACAUCUGUUCCAGUCUCUGCAGUAUUUAUGGACAAACCAGAAGAUUAUAUGUCUGAAAUGGAUAUGUCUUAUGAAGUUAAUGAGUGCCGAAAGAUUGAGUCCCUUGAAAAUUUGGACCUGGAUUUUGAUGGUGAUGUCACAGAACUUGAAACUUUUGGAGUAAACACCACCAAACCAUCAAAGUCACCAAGUCCAGCAAGUAUUUCCACAGUACCCAACACGACAGAUACUCCCACAGCUCCCAGCACAGCAACCACAUCUGUGGUACCAACUGCACCAGAUAUUUCUGCUCAUUCUAGAAGUUUAUCUCAGAUUCUGAUGGAACAGUUGCAAAAGGAGAAACAGCUGGUGACUGGUAUGGACGGUGGCCCUGAAGAGUGCAGAAAUAAAGAUGAUCAGGGAUUUGUACCAUGUGGUGAAAAACCAUCAAAUUCUGACAACUUUUUGGCGCAGGAUAAUAACUUGAAAAUGUCUGAUUCUUUACAGUUAGAAAGUUCUACAGAAAUUGAAACUUCUCAUAAAAAUGAUUUGACUACUGAUAAGGUAUAUGCCCCUGAAAACCUGAAUGUUCUAGAGAACACAGACAAUUCAAAGGAAAAGACUAUUACCUCAGAACCAGUAAGAAGUGAAGAUGUAAUUCUUUGCAAUAGUGAUACAGAUGAAGACUGUUUAAUCAUUGAUACAGAAUGUCAAAAUAAUAGUAAUGGAAAGACAACUGAUAAGAAUUCUAAUUUAAGUUCUAAACCAGCUAGCCCCAAUUCUUCCUCAGCACAGGCCUCUGUAGGAAACCAGACUAAUGCUACUUGUAGUCUUGAAGAGUCAUGUGUUUUAAAAAAACCUAUUAAACGAGUAUAUAAAAAAUUUGAUCCAGUUGGAGAAAUUUUAAAAAUGCAGGAUGAACUCCUGAAACCAAUUUCCAGAAAAAUACCUGAAGUGCCCUUAAUGAAUUUGGAAAAUUCUAAACAACCUCCUGCUUCUGAGCAAUCUGCUCCUUCAGAUGCCUCUAGUUGGCCAAAAUCUGUAUGGCCUUCUGCAUUUCAGAAGCCAAAAGGACGAUUGCCAUAUGAACUUCAGGACUAUGUUGAAGAUACAUCAGAAUAUGUAGCUCCCCAGGAAGGAAAUUUUGUUUACAAGUUAUUUAGCCUGCAAGACUUGUUGUUACUUGUGCGAUGCAGUGUCCAGAGGAUAGAGACCAGACCACGUUCUAAAAAACGGAAGAAAAUCAGAAGACAAUUUCCAGUUUAUGUACUACCAAAAGUGGAAUAUCAAGCUUGUUAUGGUGUUGAAGCUCUAACUGAAAGUGAACUUUGCCGCCUGUGGACUGAAAGUUUAUUGCAUUCCAACUGCUCAUUUUAUGUUGGGCACAUCGAUGCAUUUACUUCAAAACUUUUUCUGUUAGAAGAAAUUACCUCAGAAGAAUUAAAAGAAAAACUUUCAGCACUCAAGAUUUCAAGUUUAUUUAACAUCCUCCAACACAUUCUAAAGAAAUUGAGUAGCUUGCAGGAGGGUUCCUACUUGUUGUCUCAUGCAGCAGAAGAUUCUUCUCUCCUGAUCUACAAGACCUCUGAUGGAAAAGUUACUAGGACAGCGUACAAUUUGCACAAAACACAUUGCGGCCUUCCCGGUGUGCCUUCCAGUCUGUCAGUUCCCUGGGUUCCUUUAGAUCCCAGUCUGUUAUUACCGUAUCAUAUCCAUCACGGAAGAAUACCUUGUACUUUUCCACCUAAAUCACUAGGUCCCACACCACAGCAAAAGGUUGGUGGAACAAGAAUGCCUACACGCAGCCGCAGGAAUCCAGUUUCUAUGGAAACCAACAGUCUGCCUCCUCAGCAAGUUGAAAAUGAAGGAGAAGCUCCAAAUAAAAGAAAAAUAACUUAAGGACUCUAUCAUGGAAAAUGAAGAAAAACUAGUUGUAACAACGUUCAAUUUAGAAAAGUUUGAGGGGGAAAUAUGCCUAGAAGAUCAGUGGAUAAGAUGAACAUUUUUCUUUUAGUGUCCUUGAGAGUUCUUGGAGUGCCUUGAAAAAAAUAUAUUGGCUACGUGAAGGAGUGUUUCAGUAAAAUGGAAUGUUACACCCUUAACACUUGAUGUUUGAGGAGAAUCUAGAUAUGUUUUAACAUUAUCAUGGCAGGGAAACAGAGAAGAGAAGUAUUUUUAUAGUAGACCUUUUCCAAAAACUGUAAAUAGGAAAAUAAUCUACUUUUUUCAAGAGCAAUAUUUAUCAUUGUGUGUUAUGUUAAUAAUAUGAAUUAUCACAUUGACUCAGAAAGUUGAAUCUUGCCACUGUCAGAAUUCUGAGCCAAUAUAAACCUUGCUUCUGACCCAUUGUGACAGUUUUUAUAUACUACUUCAAAAUGAUGAUUGUUGCAAGUUAAUAAAGUUAACAUCUUUAAAUACUUGAUGAAAUUCCGUUGCACAAGCCAAAUAUCAAAAUUAAAAAUAAACAAGUCCAUGUCUCUGAAAAGUCACAAGUUAAUGAUUUCUUGUUGGUCAAUCAUCAGUUGAGAAAAAAACAGCCUUCCAUGUGUGUUAUAGGUUUGGCGAUGGAUCCCUCUCUCUUGGCACAAGUUUCAGCCUAGUGUUGAAAUAUGCUGCUGAAAGCAGAGAUGAUUGUGUUUCCCAAAAAAAUUUCAUUAUUUCAACUGACAAGGUUAAUGUAUGGUAAAAUGUAAGCUAUUUUUCCUCAUCUAUACUGAUUAAAUGUCCUAGGACCACAAAGAUGAAUUUGGCAAAGCUCGUGAGCACCUGGUGUUACUAUAGCCAGUUUGGACUUAAGAACGAAUGGACUUAUUCAAUUUUUGUAUCUUUGUCCAUUAAUGAGCAUUAAAGUUUCAGAAAUAUGUGCAUCAUUUGUAAAAUACAAGUUUUGUAAUCCAAAGUAAUAUAUCUACUUUGUUUUUGGAAUUUUUUAAUGUGUUUUAUAUUAA